AUUGCGCGCGCAACCGUGGCCAUCUUUGAAAUCUUCUCAGGUCAGGCAGCUAUUUAAAUCAUUUUUAUUUUCUAAAUUUCAUUUAUUUGAAGAACCAUGGCUAAUCGAAAUAUGCAACAGGCGAGCUCGCUAGGUGCUAAUUCUCCUGUGCCGGCGAAACGACGGACCGACUCCCCGGCCUUGGAGCAGCAGUCGCCGGCAAACAAAGACGUCUCAGCCCCGCCGCAGCAGCAGCCCACCCCGGCAGAACAGACCGAUUCAGCCGCGGAGGGAGAUGGCGAGGGCCCGUCACAAAUUACUCUGGACAUUGCGAGCUUUCGAAAGCCCGGGGAGAAAACGUUCACCCAGCGGGCCCGGCUAUUCGUGGGCUACCUGCCUCAGGAUAUCACGGAGGAAGAGUUCACAAACAUAUUCUCUAAAUACGGGAAUUUUAGCGAGGUGUUCAUCAACAGAGAGCGGGGCUUCGGCUUCAUCCGCCUGGAAACCCGGACUCUGGCAGAGAUCGCAAAGGUUGAGUUGGACGGGACCAUUCUGAAAAACAGACCCAUAAAGGUCCGCUUAGCCACACAUGGUGGCUCUCUCACAGUCCGUAACCUGUUACCUGUGGUGACGAAUGAACUCCUGGAGCAGGCGUUUUCUCAGUUCGGGCCGGUGGAUCGAGCCGUUGUCGUGACGGAUGACCGUGGACGUCCCACUGGGAGAGGCUUCGUAGAGUUCAGCAACAAAAUAGCGGCGCGUGUAGCGCUGGAGCGGUGCACAGAAGGAGCGCUGCUUCUCACCACUACGCCUUGUCCUGCCAUCGUGGAGCCCAUGGAGCAUUUUGAUGAUGAGGAGGGUCUACCUGAAAAGAUGCUACAGAAAACUCCAAAGUACCAUAAAGAGCGAGCGCAUCAGCCACACUUCGCCCAGCCCGGCACGUUUGAGUUUGAAUACUCGUCUCGCUGGAAAGCUCUGGACGAGAUGGAAAAACAGCAACGAGAGCAGGUGGACCGGAGCAUUAAAGAAGCCAAAGAAAAACUGGAGGCUGAACUGGAAUCUGCUAAACACGAACACCAGUUGAUGUUAAUGAGACAAGAUCUAAUGAGACGUCAGGAGGAGCUGAGGAGACUGGAGGAACUUCGAAACCAGGAGCUGCAGAGACGACAGCAGAUAGAAAUGAGACACGAGGAGGAGAGGAGGAGGAGAGAGGAGGAGAUGAUGAGACACAGAGAGCAGGACGACCCGAGACGACAGCAGGGCGGCUUCAAAUCAAGCUACCAUGAAAACAAAGAACAGGAAAUGAGAGUGGGUGAGCUGAGUCCUCGUGGAGCCGUUAAUAUAGGAGAUGGCUAUAGUCAGACCUCUGCAGGGCCCAGUGUUAACCAAGGUCAAAUGAUGGGCAUAAGUGGAAGGGGAGGUGCCAUUGGCCCAGAGGGAACACCAAAUUUGGGAACACCACUGAUGUCAGAGAAUGGAGCCAUGCGAAAUGAUAGGUACCCUCAGAGUGGAGCGAUUGGGGGUCAACCAGAGGUUGAAUCGCCAAAGCCGCAUCAGCAGGCAUUGGGGGCCCAGGUUGGACCAAACCCAGGAUUUGGCAGGGGCAGUCCAGUCGGGGGAGUGUUUGAUGGCCCAAACAGCAAGCGCCGCAGAUACUGACUUCUCACAUGGAUGUACUGCCAUUACCAUUACCUCCUCUGGUGUUACUUUAAAUCACCUGUUUACCCACUCCUUCAUGUUGGAUGACAAAAUCCUGAAAAGAUUUGGUCAUUUAGUGGGAAAAUUUGUUUAGGUUGAUUAAAAAACUUCACAGAUGAUAUCUAAUUUCCCUGUUUUGCUAGGACGUUUUUUGAAUUAAACUGUUUUAUGUGUGUGUGUGUGUGUGUGUGUGUGCAACAUUUUCUAUGAACCCCAGGAGAGCUCUUUGUGGGUAACUGUACAGCUGCUGGUAUGUUAUGGUCUUCGUCAGAAGGAGAGAAUGAUUGAAAAACGAGGUUAGCUUUCAGAAGGAAUGUUAUUGUACCAUUAUGAAUAUUGAACUUUUCUGUUCUAAAUUAAAUAGCUAAUAGAUUUGUAAUAUUAGAAUAUUAAAGAUAACAGUUACAUGUAAGGUUUACAGGCUUCUUAAAGCUAACUGUAAUGGUAGCUGCUCAGCUUGACCUGUUUGACUCAAAUAACAAGAUGUUACUAAAUGAACACUUGGACUAGUUGGUUUUGUAAUAGAAAGACCUUUUUAUAUGAUGUGCAUGAUCCUGAUAACAUUCAUUUCUGAGGUAUUUUGUUUCAUUUUAUAUUGUAUUAUUUAACUGUUUUUCACUACUCAGUGGAUGAACUUGUUUGACAAAUUAAAAUAUUUAGUUUUUCCUACCAAAUAAAAAUAUAUCACAGUUAAUAACAAAACUUACCAUAUUUUUGGGUACUGGAAUAUUGGCUUUAAUGAUGUUGCCAAUGGUCACUACUGUCUGAAAACGUAUCUAAUUCUUUAAAAAUAAAGGUAAUAACAGCUUUUAUGUUUGAUUGCGAUUGACCUUCUCCCUUCUUUCUCCCGUUCACCAAAUGUUUUGUUAGAUGGUCAGAUUUCCCCCGUCGUUUCAGUGCAUCUUGUAUUUAAAGUUCAGGCAAAAUUUUGUUUCUUGGUGAUUUAAGAUUAAUCCAUUUCUCUACAUAUGUGAAAGAAAAUAAAGUGAAUCUGAUGCCU